AUGUUCCUGUCCGCCUUGUCCACACCAUCUAUUGAUGUCCUCCUGAGAUUGCUUUGGAAUGUAUUAUUCCAGGGGUCCUUAUCCUUUGAGGAUGUGGCUGUGGGCUUCACCUGGGAGGAGUGGCAGUUCUUGGACCCGUCUCAGAAGGACCUGUACAAGGACGUGAUGUUGGAGAACUACAACCACCUGGUGUCAGUCGGGUACCCAGCUACCAAACCAGAUUCAAUCUUCAGGUUGGAGCAAGGAGAAACACCCUGGAUAGUGGAAGGAGCAAUCCAUACUCGGACCAGUGCAGGUGAAGAUGCUGAAGAAAAUUCUGAGUGGUUUAGUGGUUCUGGGAAAUCAACUGUUCUUAGGAAGUAUGAUAAAACUCUUCCUGGAUUUAAAAAUCUUGGAUAUAUUAAGCCUGGUAGCAUGAAGUCGUCACAGCUUAAUGACCAUCAACAAGCUUCUAUAGGAGAAAAACCACAUGAAUGCUGUGAAUGUGGGAAAGUCUUCUCCAGAAAGUCACUGCUCUUGAUACACCAGAGAAUUCACACCGGAGAGAAACCCUGUGUGUGCAGUGAAUGUGGGAAAGCCUUCACUUGGAAGAGCCGCCUCAAGAGACAUCAGCAAUCUCAUUCUGGAGAGAAACUCUAUGGAUGUAACGAGUGUGGGAAAUCCUUCUCCCAGAAGGCAUACCUCCUUGUACAUCAGAGACUUCACACAGGCGAGAAGCCUUUUGAAUGCAGUGAAUGUCGAAGAAGCUUUGUUUUCAAGUCAGACCUGACCAAGCAUCAAAGAAUUCAUACAGGAGAGAGACCUUAUAAAUGUAAUGAGUGUGAAAAAGCCUUUAGAAGCAAGUCUGAUCUCAUUCAACAUCAACGAACUCAUAGCCGGGAGAGACCAUAUGGAUGCAAUGAGUGUGGCAAAGAUUUUACCCACAUGUCAUUUCUUAUCAAACAUAAGAAAACUCACGCAAAAGAGAAAGCAAAAAAGUCAAUGAAGGUGAGAAAACCUUCCUCAGGGAGACCCAGGUCUUUAUAUAUGUGUAAACUCAGACGGGAACAAAACCCUAUGAAUACAGCACCUGUUAAAAUACCUUCUUCAGGAAUUCAGCCUUUAAACGUCUGUGAGCUCCAAGGGGGUAAAAAUAUAGCGAUUGUGGAACAGCCUUUUCAGAAAGUCAGACUUUAA